AUGAGCCAAAUCGUAUGUUCAAGCUCCGCCCGUCUCACCGCCAUUACGUCCCUUAACUAUCUCCGUCCACUUUACGCAGCUCUGCCUCUAAUAUUAGCCGGCGCCACCGCUACCACCACCUCUAGGUCUAUUACCACCGGCGUCCGCCAUUUCAGCACUCCAGUCCGUACAUUCAACAAGCUUCAAUCUUCCGCAGCUCGUCAGACGCCACUAACCUCCGGCGCCAUCGCCAUCGUCCGUCACUUCAGUAGCUCACAGUCACCCGAGCUUUUGAUAGAUAGUAUUCGAAGAUUUUAUGGCAACGCUGAUUUGAUUCCAAAGGAAUCGAAGAAGAUCACUUGGGUGAUUAAGAAUUUCUCCUCGUUUCAAUCUGAGAGUAUUCAUUCUGAUCCAUUCGUCGUCGGUGGCUGCAAGUGGUCUCUUGAAGCUUCUCCCAAGGGAUAUAAGGAUGAUAAUCACUUGUCUCUGUUACUGGCAGCCCACGAUUAUGAAUCAUUGCCACCUGGAUGGAGGAGACAUGCAGGAUAUCUCCUAACAAUACUAAAUCAAGAUCCGGAUAAAAAUUGGCAACAGGAUGAUGUAAGAAAAGCUUGGUUUCGUGAGAAGGCUCACUCCUGGGGUCAUACAUCCAUCCUUCCCCUUGAGAAACUUGUGGCUGAAGAUAGCGGAUUUCUGGUUAACGGGGAGCUCAGAAUUGUUGCCAAGAUAGAUGUUUUUCAAGCUACUGGCGAAUUAGAUGUAACUGAAGAAACUACAACAUCAACAGUGACGGAGACCAAGAAUGUUGAAUGGCAUCAACUUCUUCCUUCUCAGGCAGAACUAAUUAGCCGAGUGUUUGAAAGACACCCGGAGAUUGCAUAUGAAUUCCGUGCAACGAACCCAACACUUAGGACAGGUUACUUGAGUUUUCUGCUCAGUCUUAUUGAUACUGUGUGCCAGUCACCUGAUAAGCUCUCUAAAGAUGAUAUGACGAGUGCGUAUGCUGCUCUUAAGUCCAUGACAGAUGCAGGAUUUAAGUUGGAUUGGUUGCGGAAAAAACUUGAUGAGUUGUGGGAAAUGAAGGAGAAAGAGAAGACUCAGGUGCAAGAAAUGGAGAACGAGCUUAAGAGCUUGAAGAUGAAGUGUUCAGACAUGGAAGCUUUGGUACAGAAGGAGAAAGCAAAGAUGUCUGCUACAAAACAUCCUCUCUCAUUCGAUGAUCUUUUUUAG